CUCACAUGUUUUGGUAGGAGACGUGCUCGGUCAUGGAGGGCUCCGUUUCCAAAGCGCUGGAGGACCUGCUGAACCCCUUACCCGUGUUUGCGGAUCCAGAAGACAACGACGACGAGGCGACCAGAGCCCGGGUGAUCGACAGGCUGACCGCGGAGGAUGGAGAGCAGGAGGACGAGGCGCGGGAGGAAGGUCCGCUCCGGGCCAGCGCGCUGCGGAGGCGCAACACGUCGCUGCUCUGCGACUCCGACAGGCGGUACGUGGGGAAGCCGGUGUCCCGCGAACAGCUGCUGAAGGACCUGGGGGGGUCCGGAGAGGAGGAAGAGGAUGAGGACAGCCUGGAGGAAGAUGAGAUGGAGGAGAGCAGCGGUGAGGAAGAAGAGGCUGAUGAUGAUGAUGAGGAGGAGGAAGAGGAGGUAGAUGGUGAUGAAGAUGAUGAAGAAGAUGUGAAAGAUAUCGCUCUACCUCAGGGAAUGGACUUCCACAAGCUGACUGAGGGAAUGGACGACCUGGGCAUGAGUGAAGAUGAAGGCAGUGAUGAUGAAGACGAGGCCUCUGAUGAUGAUGAUGAGAUGGAGGAGGAAGAUGAAGAGGAAGGAGGCGUUCAGACGUUUUCCCAGGACAAAGUGGACGAGGAGGUGGAGAAGGGGAAGGCCGUGAAGAACCAGCUGUGCCUGUGGGACCAGCUGCUGGAGGGUCGGAUCAAGAUCCAGAAAGCCCUGAUGACGGCCAACCAGCUCCCGCAGCCCGACGCGCUGCCCGCCUUCAAGGCCGCGGGCGGGGCCGAGGUGGCGGGGGCUCUGAAGACCACCCACAAGGCCCUGAAGGCUCUGCAGAGGACCCUGCUGGAGCUGCACGACCAGCUGCUCUGCCAGAACAGAGAGACGCAGGCGCUCGCCGCAGGCGCUCGGAGCGACGACGAAGACAUCGACGGCGACGGGGAAGCUGAGGCGUCGCCGCGGGAGGUCAGGCCACCCAAACGCAAACUGGAGAUGGCCGAGUACCCAGACCUUAUGGCGAAGCGGUUCGCGGCCUUCAGGCCGUACUGCGACGCCACGCUGCAGAAGUGGCACGACAAAACCAGGCUGACCACGGGCAAGGGCGGCAAGGGGUUCGGCGCCUUCGACAGGAACAUCCUGACGCAGGUGGAGCAGGUGCUGAUGGACAAGGAGCGCCUGCUGCGCCGCACCCAGACCCGCCGCUCAGAGUACAGGGUCCUCGGGAAGAAGGACGCCCCCGUGGUCACGUCCAGCACCGCGGAAGGAGAGGAGGAGGAGGAGGAGGAGGGGGAGGGGCGGAUGAAGGCCAACCAGCACCUGAAAGACCUGGACGAGGACAUAUUCGACGACGACGACUUCUACCACCAGCUCCUGAGGGAGCUCAUCGAGCGCAAGACCAGCGCCUCGGACCCCAACGACCAGGUGGCCAUGGGCAGGCAGUGGCUGGCCAUCCAGAAGCUGCGCAGCAAGAUCAAGAAGAAGGUGGACACCAAGGCCAGCAAGGGCCGCAAAGUCCGCUUCCACGUCCACGGCAAGCUGGUGGGCUUCAUGGCGCCCAUGGACUCCAGCUCCAUGAGCGACGAGGCUCGCAGCGAGCUGUACCGAGGCCUGUUCGGCCAGAACGCCGCCGUCCGCGACUGAGCGCCUGGACCCGUCUCCGCUACCACCGCAAAGUGUCCUUCUCCGCUCGCUUUGAUCGAGCUGCCGGUCCACGACAUCCGGACCGUUUGACAGCAUUCACAUGACUCACAUUCAGGCUAUUGAACUUUUUAAAUGGAGGCCCUCUGACGUCCUGAAACAAUAAUAGCUGUUCCCUUUGAAGCAGGACAGACCUUUGCUGGAUUUGCUCCAUAUUUUACAUGUUUUUUGCAUGUCCAUUCUCUCUCUGGAUUCUCAUUAUAGGCAUAUAUUUGUAAUUUGUGGGAAAAUAAAAU